UUUAUGAGGAGGAGGGCGGGACCGAGUGAAGAGAUUGUCCAAUGAGAAUCCUCAGCGCCAGAAUCCGCGGUAGCGCCGGGGCGGAGAGGACGAUGGAGAACUUCGCGCUGUUUGGGGCGCCAGCCGAGCCCGCUGGCCAAGCCCCCCUGGGCUUCGUACCCGGAAAGCCGCCGCCGCCGCCGCCGCCUCCCCCGGGCGGAGGACCCGGCACUGCGCCGCCCGCCGCCGCGGCCGCGGCCCCUCCCGGCGCCGACAAGUCGGGGGCGGGCGGCGGCCCCUUCUAUCUCAUGCGGGAGCUGCCAGGUAGCACAGAGCUGACCGGCAGCACCAACCUCAUCACACACUACAGCCUGGAGCAAGCCUAUAAUAAGUUCUGCGGUAAGAAGGUGAAGGAGAAACUCAGCAACUUCCUGCCUGACCUGCCUGGCAUGAUCGAUCUGCCCGGCUCUCACGAUAACAGCAGUCUCCGCUCCCUCAUCGAGAAGCCCCCGAUCCUGAGUGGCUCCUUCAACCCUAUCACAGGCACCAUGCUGGCUGGCUUCCGCCUGCACACUGGCCCGUUGCCAGAACAGUGUCGCCUGAUGCACAUUCAGCCUCCCAAGAAGAAUAAGAAGCACAAACACAAGCAAAGCCGGGCCCAGGACCCCGUGCCCCCAGAAACGCCUUCUGAUUCGGAUCACAAGAAGAAGAAGAAGAAAAAAGAGGAGGAUCCUGACCGGAAAAGGAAGAAGAAAGAGAAGAAGAAAAAGAAGAGCCGACACAGUCCAGAUCACCCAGGUAUGGGCAGCUCGCAGGCCAGCAGCAGCAGCAGCCUCCGUUAACCCCCCUGGACUGAACCUCACAAAGCUGCCCUCCGGCCUGCUGGGCCUGGGAGCCUCCUGCAGCCAGGGCAGGGGCCAGCUCC